GGCGGCGCGCGCUCUGUUGAUCUAACAUGGAGUCUUAACGGAAUUUGAUCGGUUCAUGUAAAAUGUUGAAAUAAAGGUGAACUAUAUAAAGCGCAGUGAGAAUGUGGAGGAUCCAGAGUCUGGUGGGGAGAGUUUUGAGUCGUUGCCAUGGGAACACCUCAUCUUUGCGUCUGAGCAACGGUCCUCACGUGGAGGAUGAGGUUAUCAGCUCGUCGACGCUGCUCUCCACCAACCGAUCUCAGAGAGGGGAGGAUGGAGAGCAGAAGAAGGACAAAAGAACCGCAGAGUUUUACUCGGCCGGACUAACAAGAUACACAGCGCUGGAUGCAGUGGGAUGGGGCGCAGCGGCCGUUCUGUUCAUGCAGCUCUGCAGGCGGAUCCACUCUCGGUUCUCCGCCGUGGGUGAACAAAGCCAGGCACAAUGCCACCUCCCAGAGUCGGGCCUCGUCCGCAAAUCCACCCACCGCAUCCUGCUCAACCUACUGUGCAGGCAUGACGCGUUGCCCAGAGGGGUGUGUGUGAUGGGCCUGCAGGGGGCGCUCACGAGUCCGGAGCAGAGUGACGGCGGCGGCGGCGGCGGCGGUCAGCCUGCACUCAACACCACCGACCAGCAGGAGGAGACACUCAGUCACAUCACAGAAGAAACUCUGCCAGACUUUGAUGUUCCUCAGACAGACGCCACCGGCUGUCAUGAACCACCGGGAAGAAUGGGUCUGGACGAGGCGGAGCAGAACCUGAGUGAGGUGGAGGCCAACAGCGUACCCAUAAUCCUCAACAUCAUGGGGCUGGAAAGUGCUAAAUCUGGUGAUUAUGAGGCAGCGUUUCAGUAUUUUCAGGUCUCGGCUCAGCAGAACUACAGCAAAGCUCAGUUUAACGUCGGAGUGUGUUACGAGAAGGGUCACGGAGUCCAGAAAGACCUCAACAAGGCGCUGCUGUAUUACAGAUGUGCAGCGGCUGCAGGUCACGUACAGGCUCAGUACCGCUGUGCUAAGCUUCUCCUGAACGCCCAGGGCGAGCGGAGCGACAGCGACACGCACGAUGCUAACGCUACAGCCGUCCCCCUGCUCCAGAGCGCAGCCGCCGCCGGACUCGCUCGGGCUCAGCUGUAUCUGGGGGUGCUGUACUCUCAGGGUCCUGACGCUGAUGGGCUCAAAUCAGUUCACUACUUCAGACAGGCAGCAGAGCGCGGAGACAGUACAGGACUGCUGUUCCUGGGUCAGUGCUAUGAGAAAGGCUUCGGAGUCGCUCAGAGUGACCAGACUGCACUGAGCUACUAUAAACAAGCAGCAGCUAAAGGGAACCAGCGAGCCAGGAACACGCUGAGAGACCUGCACAGCCGAGAGGUGCUGCGCUCUAUCCAGUCCGCACCGUGUCUUUCCGUCCUGGACCGCCAUCGUCUGAGCGCCGCGUUUCCUCAGGUGUUCCAGGGGGCGGGGCCGAGGGCUAAACGACAACCCGAUUGGCCGGCUCAUGCACUGUCUCAUUCGCGGAGCGCCGGGUGUCUCGGAGCUUCGUCUCUCGUCUACGAUCACGCCGUUAACGCCGGCGGCAAAAACACGGGCUGGAUCAUAGGGGUGGGAUAGCUCACACACACACACACACACACACACACACACACGUAUAUGUACAGUUAACGUCAAACUUGUACACGCUUAUAUGGCCAAAAGUAUUUGGACACCUGACCAUGAGUGUGUUCUGGUAUUAGAACAGAGUGACCUUAACAGGAAGCUUCUCACAAGACUGUGUGUGGGAAUUUGUGUUCAUUCAGUCAAAACAUGACUGCAUUUAUACGGCUGGGCGCUGAUCGAUCAGUCGAAGUUCUGAUUCAUCCCAGAGCUGUUGAGUGGGGCUGAGCUCGGGGCUCGGUGCAGGACGCUGGAGCUUCUCUUCACGUCUUUAUAGAGCUCACUCAUGCUGGAACAGGAAAGGACCUUCCCUAAACUGUUGUACUUCCAAAGUUGGAAGUAUGUAAUUUAUUUUAUAUGACGUUGUGGCCCGAAACACACCAAUACUUUUGUCCGGUGACCCCUACUGUCUGGUUAAGGCACUGACUUAAGUGGUGGAGGAAUACACAGAGAGUAGCGUGGUCCUCUGUUCGCGAUCCCUCUCUCUGGCAGGAAAGACUCGUCCUUUAUAAGCGGUGUACAUUUUUGACAAUACCCUGUACCAUGUAAAGUGUUAGCUAAAAAAAAAAAUGAGCGCACAAAAAACAAACGCACUUCUAGUUUACAAGCUUGAAUUUUAAUAGAAAGUUCUCAGCCAAUCAGGAAAGACUUGUUAGUGAUUUAAGCAUUACGAUUGGCUGAAAAAGUGUCAAAAGUGUUCAGAUGCCGUUUCUGCGAGCUGUCCGUGUUACUGUUGGUUUUGUUUGUGUUAUUUUGAGUGUAUCGGGGGGGCUGGGAGACCUCUUGCUGUCUGUUGGGUGCAUGUGGUGUGGAUCUGUGUGUUUGGGUAUCAUGUGUAUAGAAUUUAUAUAGAAUGUCAGCAGUUUAUUUUUAUAAGCUUUUACCAAUGAGCCAGUCAGGAAGAAUUAUUCUGAUUUAGCUUAAAUAUAUUUAACAGAAGUCAGUGACUGUUUCUCGUUUUCUCGUAAUUUUAUAACUGAACAGCAUGUGCCAAAAUAGAUGCUUUAAUCAGACGUGCCUUUAUAGAAAAACAUACAAAUGCUUUAUUGUCACAUUGAAUAGUUGAAUAGAAUAAUAAUUUUAAGGAAAAGAUCAAACUCUGUACGUCUGCAGAGCUCUACGACUUCGUUCAGUUUGUAUCUGAUUGCAGAUCUGUCCCAGAUUUCAGAUAUAACGUUUUCUCAAAAUCAGAAAUGUGCAGCGACGACACAACAGCAUCAUCACGGCAUGUGUCGCUUCUUUACCUGGCUUUUUCACUAAUGACCGUGCCGUAUACGCUCAGAACACAGCACAGCGUGAAAUACUUGACCUUAGUGCAAAAGGACAAAUGGGAUUUGGUCACGUGCCUGAGUAAGGGAUGGUCAGAUAGGGAAUCACCUCGCUGUUACUGCACCAGUGACUCCUACUGUCUAACCGAAGCGCCUGCACGAGCGGUGGAGCGCUACAGAAGAAACAGAGUGUUCCUCUCUAAGAAUUCGUAUUAUAUAAUAUAGUGGGAAAGUCACAACAUGAAUGUAUGAAUUUUGUUUCCCUUGACUAUGAAUGUAAAAGAUUUCAGCACUACCGCCUGUUACACGCACACGCUAAUGUUUUAUAGCAAAUAAAGCGACUUUUCUACCA